AAUAGGAUAAAAAUUGUAGGUACACCAUCAGUUUACCAUAAACGUUAGCAAUGGCUUUGGAUAAGCAGAAGAUAUUAAGUGAUUUAGGGAAUGUUAUGAAUCAACUGCAAAGUGCAGAUUGCGGUUGCAUGGGCAAAUUAUUCAACCAAGGUCAGGGGCAAGGGCAAAGACAAUGCAUGCCAUCUCAGGGCUACGGAGGCUGCUGCCGCCGGGGCUAUGGGCAUCCAUGCUGCGGGGAGCCCUACAGCAUGGGCGAAGGUAUGCCGGCUCAUGGCAGGCCGUGUAUGAGCUACUGCAACGCCCCGAAACAAUACGCCGAUGGCUAUAAUUUCUUGAAUCGAAGUGUAAUGCAGCCCGUCAUCAAGGAGGUGUAUGAUGACCUUAAAAGUCUGAAUUCGGGCAAUACUGUCACAAAUAAUCCCCUAGGAGCUCAGAUGGGCCUAACGCCGGGUGUCCCGACGCUUCCUGCCGAUGGCAAUAUGACAAGUCCACAGAUGGCAAAUAUGAACGCAAAUUCUGGAGGUCAAAGUAUGGCCCGAGGUCACCCGAUGAUGCAGCAUAUGCAGGAUUACCAAAUGUCAGGUGUUCAUCAAAUGACAGGUGAUCAAAUGGCAGGUGGUCAACCAAUGGUCAGUGACCAGCAAAUGUCCGGUGGCCAGAAAAUGCCAGGAAAUACACAGGGCUUGGCAAAUUUCAAUAAAAUGUUCCCCGGAAUAACGCAAGGUGAAGGCGGCGGUCUGAGCUUUAACCCAAUGGAAAUAGCCAUGCAGAUGAAUCCGGCACUAGCCAAGCAACAGCCUGGUAUGAACGCGCAGAGUCCUAUGCCAGGCACAGGCGGUGAAAUGAAUCAGUCAGCGAAUGUAAUGCAACCUGGAAUGAACGCUACAAACUUUGCUCAAGGACAGGCAGCGGAAGCGGCUCAAUCAAAUCUUCCCAAUCAAGCAAUGCCAAACCAACAACAUCCAAAUCCAGCAGCCGGUGCUCAACAGCCACAGCAAGCUUACGCCGCACAGAAUCAGCUGCCUCCCAACUUCCCACCCCAGGGUACGAAUCAAAACGCACACAUGGGAAGAAUGAAUGCGAAUCAAGGAGGCCAAAAAGGUAACUACGGUCAGCAUACUCCAGGCAUCACCAAGUUUAAAGAAAUGUUUCCCGGCGUUAUGGCUGGUGAUGUCGACUUUGACCCCAUGGAGAUUGCUAUUCAAAUGAAUCCAGCUAAUAAACAAGCGGCUGCUAUGAGUUCUAUGCAAAAACUCAUGUCCGCUAAGCCUCUAGAUCCUAACUCAGCCGGUAUGAAGCCGGUGAUGGCUGGUAUGAAUGCAGUGAAUGCCAACUUAGCUUCAAACCAGUCUGCGCCAGGCACUCAGGCACAGUCUCAACCGGACCAAGCAACAGGUCAAGUACCACCAGAACAACAACAGUACAGUGGACAACCAGCAACCCAUCAGCAACAGUAUACUACAAAUCAAGUACCAGCAAAUCAGCAGCAAUACUUUAAUAAUCAAGUACCACCGAAUCAACAGUAUGCUGCUAAUCCAGCCUCUACCAACCUGCCAAAUCAGUUGCAACCACCGCAACAGGUAUAUACCGCCCAUACAGACAAUCAAGGUUACCAGCAAGUGCCACAGCAAGAAAUUCAGAAUUACCGAGAGAUCGAACCGCCAGAACCAAUGUCUCAAGGAUAUCCUAACCAGGCGCCUGGAGGCAGAGUAUACGAGAGAGAGCAUAUACUCCCUGUGGAUAAUUCAAGAUAUAACACAUUAGGGCAGCCAAUCGAACCGUUACCCACGAAGAAAUACCGCAUGCCCGAAACAAAUUUGCCGCAAACCUUGUCUCCUCAAAAAGUUUCUUCAAGAUUAAGAGUGAAUAACAACGUGAAAUCGACCAUUAGUAAAACUUCACUCUAUGCAAGGCAAGCAGGACAAAUAACUCCAAGCAGGGCUCAGUUGCAGCAAGUCUACAAUCAGUAUAAGGGAUCCCAGUCUUACACCAAUCAGACCAUUCCUAACAGGGAUCCUCGAGGACAGACGAUUUCUGAUGGCCGGUUGACAGGCGCGCCGCCAGUGGAGAGGAGUCAGAUCCCUGUGGAGAGAGUCGGGGGAGACACGAUUGCCAACAGUCAAGCUAACAAUGAGACUGUGAAAGGUCAUGUCGUCGGUCAAGUCGGAGACGUCUCUAAUAAGCCUGCUCCAGGUUCAAGCAAUGUUGACUUGAUACCGACUAAGAGCGGCAAAUUGAGGAACGGGCUCCAAGACAUGGUGUUCACUUCAUAUCCUCAAUCUACUGCUUGGUCAUUCCACGGACCCAGAGACCUUCCUUUGCACCGUCUGAGAGCUUAG